CCUGCGUAGUCAAUGGUCUGUACCUUUAAGAGAUAUAGCCAACAAGAAUGGGAAGUAGAAGACAACAAACUUUCGUUUCCUCGUGAAAGUUAUAUUUAUACCUGUUAAUGUUCAGAAGAAAGAAGAACCAACGACCAGAGGGACCGACGUGCUCUUCUUCAGCAUGAUGGAGGCAACAGAGCAGGAAGACCACAUUGCAGAUGCCGGCCAGUUUGUAGCGCCUCCUAACGGUGGAGUGAAUGAACUGCUGGAUAUGGGAGAAGACAACAUGCAGGGUCAGAUGGAGGAGUUUCUAGGUCCCCAGGCGCAGUACAAUGAGGAGGAGGAGGAAAGGAAAUACUACAGAAGAAAGAGGCUGGGGGUCAUCAAGAAUGUGGUUGCAGCCAGUUUGGGAGCCAUGAUGGUUUACAGCGUUUACAUGGGCCUACUGCAGAUGCAGCUCAUCCUUCAUUAUGACAUGACCUACAGAGAAGUGAAAUACAGUAACCUGGGCCUGGAAGACAUCGACAGGAAGAUGCUGAUGGGGAUCAAUGUUACUCCCAUCAUUGGCCUCCUGUACACCCCUGUCCUCAUCAGGUUUUUCGGUACUAAAUGGAUAAUGUUCCUGGCCUCUGGGAUCUAUGCUCUCUUUGUCUCAACCAACUACUGGGAGCGUUAUUACACGCUGGUACCUUCAGCUGUGGCCAUCGGUGUGGCCAUUGUCCCGCUUUGGGCAUCCUUGGGCAAUUACAUUACCAGGAUGGCGCAGCAGUACUACGAGUACGCCAACUACAAAGAGGAGCACGUGCAGGAGCAGAAGAAGCUUCCAAAGGGGGCGUGCCACAGCUACAUCAUCAUCUUUCAGUCUGUCUUCUACCUCAUCUUCAAUCUGAGUUUAGUCUUCGCUGAGCUUCCGAUGCGCCUCGUCCUCAACAGCCACCUGCAUGAGAACAAGUACAUCCUCGCUAACGUGAAAGUUUGCGGUGCAGAGAUCAGGGGAAUGAUCCCGGGCUUCAACACCACCGUGCUGACCAACCUUCCCCACUCCAUGCUGCUCAUCAAGGUGGAGAGUGUCCUCAUGGGCUUCGCCCUUCUUGCCAUGAUCAUUUUCCUUGUGCUUUGUGGCCCCGCCUAUCGCCCAACGGAGGAGAUUGACCUUCGAAGCAUUGGCUGGGGUAACAUCUUUCAGCUGCCCUUUAAACACCUGAGAGACUACCGCCUGCGGCUGCUCUGCCCCUUUUUUAUCUACAGUGGAUUAGAAGUGCUGUUCGCCAUCACAGGAUUCUCCCUGUCAUAUGGCGUCUGCAUUCUGGGCCUGAAGAAGCUGUGGCUCCUCAUCGUUGUCUACGGCCUCUCCAGCUCCGUGUUCUCCUCCCUCUCUCUUUUCCUGCUGCGCCUCCCUCGUUGGCUGUGUCUGCUUGGAGGUGCUGCAGUGCAUGCAGUGCUAAUUAUUGCCCUUCUGGCGUUUUCUUCCAAACCUGACCAACCAGAGUAUUUGGGGCCCCUGCUGGUGAUUUCUGUGCUGUGGGGACUCGGCACUGCUCUGAACAAGACGGGAGUAAGCAUUCUUCUUGGUAUGUUGUAUGCUGAGGAAAAGGAGCGGCUGGACUUCAUCUACACCAUCUAUCACUGGUGGCAAGCCAUUGCCAUCUUCAUCGUCUACCUCUGGUCUGGCCUGCCUAUGAGGGCCAAACUCUCUAUCCUGCUGGCCACAUUACUGCUGUCCUGCUAUUGCUACUGUGUGAUGGAGCGUCGGAUGGCCAAGAAAGUUCAGCACAGACUGCCUCGCAUUCCUCGCCCACGACACAAGGUAAAAGGCUACCGUUACCUGGAAGAGGACAACUCAGAUGAAUCUGAUUCAGAGAAAAGUGUGGAAGAGGAGAAUGAUGAAAACAUUGAAGAGAUGCCAUCAGCAGAUGGGGAGGAAGAGGAACAGGAUGCUGGGACAGAGGGAGCUGACUCACCCAGAGUCUGGAGGAGAGGGGCCAGGGGUCAACAGCACAGAUGGGAAGAUGGCCACCUCCAGGGGGCCGAGGAAGAGGAGAAGCAAGUAGUAGAAUAAAACAUGGAUGUGAUGGGAAGACAAGUCUAUGAGAACUGCAGGAUGCCGAUGAUUUGAAUGUUUUCUUUUCUUUUUUUUCUUUUGCACUGAAUAGAGAACAUUUGGCUUUAUUUUUACCCAAAAAAUACAAAUUUUGUAUUUAUAAGAAUAAUCGCUUUAGCAACAACAUACAAAAGGACAUUUAUGAUAUUCCUCUGAACAGUUACAGAGGAAUUUUAAAUAUUCCCGCUAAACUCUGUCAGGAUUUAUCAAAACCACAAGGAAAACUGGAGAAUAUGAAGCCAUUGUAAUGAAGCUAAAAUAGGGGAAAUAUGAUCAUUUCUUCACACUGUAGUUAAAAGACCUGCAACUGCAUUUUGUACCAGCUGGAGUUGAGCAAUGGCCCCACAAACAGGGAAGUGCAAUACUCCAGCCUGGUGGAAACAAAGGUGUAGAUCACUGAAUUAAAAUUCUACAAAAAAAAGGACUUGGUCUCCCUCAUGCCAGCUGCCUUAAGUAAAAAAAAAUUGACAUGACAACCAUUGAUAUGAGAACUGAUGCAAGUGAGUGUGACGUCACCCAUAGAAAUGCCGUACUUCCAGCUCCAACAAAAUGACGGCAAUUCAGUUACUAUGGUUUCACGAUACGGCAUGUUGGAGCCAGACAACGUCAAUAAAACCUUGGUCCAAGUCAUCAUUUCUAUGGCACGCAUUCUGCCCAAUCAGGAGUACGUUUGUUGGAAGUCCACACCCCUUCCACUUAAAAGUGGGCUUGGGAGUAUUUGGCAAGAAUGGGGGAGCCUAUUUCUUUUUUUGUGUCCCUAAACUUUCAGUUCAGUGUCCACCUUCACCUCUAAAUUAGUUACAUGAAGUUCCGCGUUUUUAUUUAAAGAACCUAGAUUGGCAGGGAGGGACCCAAAGAACCAUCACUUCUGUUUUACUGUCAUUGAGGUGUGAAAAUGUUCACUUUGAAAGAUUCUUUAUAUAGUGCGUUAACUGGUGACACUGAUGAUGUAGAGCCUCCAGGGAAUCGUAAAGGGGAUCUACCUUUGUUCUCACUUCAGGUUUCACAGCGAAUCCACUUCCCCAACAUAAGACAUUACAUAACAGAUUUGCUUUUCACAUUAAGGGCUCCAAACGCUUUGAAAACUGCAGUAAGGUGUUUAGUUUAAAGAAAAAAAGUGGUCUGGUAUUUCCUUUUAUUUUUUAGGUCGAUAUAAAAGUGUCUUUGAAAUGCUGUUGGAAUAAAAAAAAAGACACAGAACUCUUUUGGAGACCAGUGAUGUGGUCUGGUUUUCCCCGCUCUUAACAGAGCCACCUGUUGAUUCUUAAAGGCAAUGAAUAGUGGAAGGAAAAAUACUGGAGAAAUGGACAAAAGCUGUUUUCCUGGUUCCUGCAGAUUAUUGGUUGUUGCAUUUCAAGCAAAGAGCUUGAACUUCAACUGAGCAAAUAUCCAAAACUGUGUCAGAAGGAUUAACAAUUUUUUUUCUUUUGCAUUUGUUAAAUUUCAGUUCUUAACGCGUGCACCUUUUUCUGAUAAUCCAAAGCAGAAAUGAUGCCCAAGAUGUGGUCUUGCAUGUAUGUUUACAAAUCUUGAAUCUCUAGUUCCAUAGAGUUACGCCCCUGAAAUAUCUCAACUUACAGGGGCCAUAUGUUACAUGGUGCAAAAACAUUCUUUUAAAAAAAACUUAUGUUCAUGCCAACUUUUUCUAAAAGCUAUGACAUAAAUUCAAAAUUCAUUGUCAUCAGGCUAACCUAGCUGCACAACAUGCUCUGUUCAUUCCAAUAGUUUGAUGAAUCUUUGUGUUUAAUGAACUAUAAAAUUGUGUCUAGCUCUCAUCAAAAUUUGCCCUUUAGGGGGUUCGAUGGUGGGCCUUGAGGCACGGAAAGGGUUGUUCUUAUCGGGGCAAAAUGUUGAGAGUAAUGUGGUUGUAUGAAAAUGAGAAGAGUCACAUGACUUACUGACUCACUGAUUUGGCCAUUACCCCCAAUAUGAGCACUUCAACCUAACAAAAGCUUGUUGCAGACACAACCUCUUUAGUAAACACGCACAUGGUCUGUUGUGGUUUGUUUAGAAUAAAGCUGUCCAGUCCACAGGUCUGACGCAAAGUAUUUUUAUAUAUGUGAGAACCAUGUUUACCUGAGGCUUUAUUUGGAAAGAAAGCUGUUGUUCCCAUAGAUGAGGCACUAGAAGAGCAUCAGUACUUCUUUGUAGUCAUUCAUAAAAUUGCACAGCACAGAGCUGAGAGGGGAAGCAUGCAGAGACUAAAAAUAGUUGAAGUUGUGUGCUUGAAUCCAGAUUUUGAAUCCAGAUGAAGGUGACCUGAUCAGUGCUCUUGGUGGUUAUAUGUUGGCGCCAGGGUUCGACAGCAGAGCCACAUCAGUGUGUGAAUGUGGGUAUGCAUGGGGGAAUGGGACUGUGACUGUAAAGCGCUUUACGCCUUAAUGGAAGGUAUAAAAGCGCUACAUCAGGGGUGAUGAGCUUCAUCCAGUGUGGGCCCUUGGGUGAGAUCCUUCACGCUGCUGCCUAACUGUGUAACCACAAGCUGGCCAUGAGGGUGGGUCUUCCUCUGCUGGUUCUCAGCCCGGAUAAAAUGCAGGGUUGUGUCAGGAAGGGCACCCGGUAUAAAAUCUCUGCCAAACCACCUGUGCGAACCAAUGAAAGCAAAUUUGCGUUGGCGACGCCUGAAGGGAAACACCGAAAGGGAAGAAUUGAUUUUUGGUCAGUCACAGGAAAAGAAAUUCAGGAUUGUUAGCAUCCAGACACUUAUUAAGUCAUUUAUCCCCCAUCUCCACAGAGAAUUGUGGAUUUUUUAGCCCCUGCAGGUCAAAAUGGUCAAAAAAGGGUGAAGUUAAGGAGUCCCUGAAAGCAAAGGGAUGGAUGCCACUAGAUUUGAUGGAAGCUAUGGAGAGUACCCACAUUGAAGGGGGUGUGAAUCCUGAAAAUAAAGCUAAUAGCUGUGAGGAAUGAUGAUGAUGAUUGAUUGUUUGGGCAAUGUCACAGAUUGUGUAGUGUCCAAACCUCAACCUCCUCCUGGUCCUAAUUACAGAGGGGACACUGACUGACAUGCCUUUUGGUUUAUGAACUCAGGAUGUCAACUAGGACCACUGUUAAAUAUUUAAAACUCAUUUAGGUUGCUGUAAGCUGUAAGAGCAUCAGUGAUCAUCUUUAACCCCAUUGUAUUUGUUGUUAUUGGCGCGGUGGGAGGUAAUGGGAGGCUCUACAAGGUGUCGCUGUCCUCAAAAGGCUGAAUGAUUGCUGGGUUGAUCCAUUUUUUCAAAUAAAUAAAAAUUUCCUAGUAAAACUGUUUUUUUUUUUGUUGUUUUGCUUACAAGAUUGUGUUUUAUUUUCAUGAUUAGUGUUUGUAUGUUGUAUAAUUGUGGCUAAUGAGCUUUUAUAAAAACUGGUUGCUUUAGAUUUCUCGACUGGUCAUGUGGGUUUGAUGACAUACCAGGAAUGAAAAGUUUAAACAAACCACAGCUGCAGAAUAUAAGGAUUUGGAUACAUUUUAAAGAAUGUUUUCAUGCUAUAAAUGUCAGUAUUUCUGUUUUCAGUGCUCUUGUGCUGCUUCCUGAAGCAAUUGACCUUCACUGUUGUAACUAUUGUCUUGCCAGCUCCUGAUGAUGUUGCUGUGACUUACUCUGGAUGUUUGCUGUGUUCCAGUAAAAUAUGUUGGAGAUUUGUUUUCAGUUUGUUAUCCUCAGGCUAAUAUAUUUCAUUCUGGUCUUGGACAAACCUGGACUGUAAACGUAUGCAAGGCGAUUCAUAGAAUCAUACAGCAGCGACAUACUUUUCAAUUACUUUAGUGCUGUUUCUCUCUCUAUUGGUGCCCUGCAGAAGAUUUAUAUUUUAUUUUGGACCAAACUGUAAAAAUCGAAAGAAUUUUUCUUCGAUGUAUUUACAAAAUGAUGAAAAAAUAAAGCCAACAACUAAUCAAC